CACGAUUCGCUCCGGACCUGUGUUUUUGAACGCACUCAUCGCCCGUAUCAGCUCAUCGCACGCACACAUGCACAUUUGAACUGUCAUCGUUUGUUCUGUUUUGCACCCGCAGUUUCUCGUUCCUUUUUUCACAACACACAAAAUGUGCUCGCGGUCGUGCUCGUCCAGUUAAAAUUUACGCAUUACGCCGGUUUUCGGACAGUGAAAUUCGUCCAAAGUGCUCCCAAAAUGUAUCGAAUGCUUAGCCUAAGAAGCCUUUCUAGAAAUAAGAACAAACUGCUGGCCAACAAGACCAGUGUGGUACGACUCAAUCCGGAACUGAUCUGCUUCCAGAAGUUUUCCUCUUUAUGUAACCAGCCGCAUCUGCUGCUGGGUGGAGGAGGGUUGGCAUCCGAGGAAAUUACCCUGCUCAGGAAUGAUGUUUCCUCAAUCAAAUUUGACAUUAUCAAACGUGUUCACUCGACAACACCGACGCCUGAAAUGCUUGAACUCACAAGCAAAAAGAAACGAAAGAAAACUACCAAAACAUUCACUGAACUUUUAAAAGUGACGGGCACUUCAACAAAGCAAACCAAAGCAUCAAUCCAACAGCUGAAAGCCCAAAAGCUUUCAGAUUUCAUCAACAAUCAAAUCGCUCAGGAAAAUUUCAAAUCCGUCGAAAACUCGAACAAAUCCAGUACCCAAAAUUCGCCAGACAUAUCCAAGUGGAACUUUGAGGAAACUCCAGUGAUCUACAUCGGCAAAGAUAUGAAAGAAAUGGAGUUAUCCAACGCAACGUUGGCGGAAAUUUUGGAAAGCUAUCGGACACUCAAAGAACAGCACGAAAGACGACAGACUGGUGAAGCGGCCAUCGUGGAAGAUGUCAUUGAAGAGGAAUUUCUGGAUCAUCAUGAGGCCUCCGUGGAAGAAGAAAUUCUGGAUAUUCCCCAGAAAAAGAAACGCAAAUCAAAGAAAGGCAAAGAGCUUCAAGAGAAGGGUAAAAAGUUUUCAUCAAAGUAUUACAAAAGUUCCGAAUUGGAGCUGUUGGCACGUAGCAAAAGCUUUCACGUAACUUUGCAUGCAUAUUUGGACAUUUGCCUCUCCAGCGGAAUGAUCAAUCGUGCCUAUGCAACGGUGCUGAAUUACAGACACAAAAGCAAGCGAAAAGUAGCAGAUGUCGAAAUCUACAACAUUCUGAUGCAUGGGUAUGCUGAGAAGGCAAACAUCCUCAAACUCAAGGACAUUAUGAAAAUCCUGAAGGAGGACAAUAUCGAACCGAAUGCCCAAACAUAUGCUGCCAUAUUUGAGUGCCUUGGUAGGAUGGAAACCAAUGAAGAUGUCAAGGAAGAAGCGUUAGCCUACCUCAAAGAAGCUGAAGCCAAAGGAUACACCAUGGACGCGGUGUUGGAUCGAAGCAAAUUCGUUCGCGAUCAGCGUGAAACCGUACAGAGUUUGUUCGAUGAGUUAACCCCUGGCUUCAAACCAAACUACACAGUUCCACCCUUUCUGUACAACAAUCACCUGCUGAACACGCUCAACGAAAACGUAAGACCCAUCGGUACAAAUCUUAAUACCGAAGGGGACGGCAAUGUAAUCGGUUCGGAAAUAAUGAACCCUAAGGCGGGAUUCACACGGGAUCAACUAGAGGAGUUUAGCAAGGCUCAAGUGGAACUGGAGUUGAAAGGGCACCUGACGGUGAAGAGCAUCCAGAAAUUCCCGGAGGCCAAUAGUACCGUCAAGCAAUACCGCAAAGAGCUCGACGAGCUUCGAAAAGUAUGGACCAAACAAAUCUCCAUGGCAUUCCACCGGGACGUCAACACGCUGAAAGCCGUUACAGAAUCUAAAUCCAGUCGCGCCAUCAAUUUGUUCCCGUACCUCAAGGCCCUAAGCGUGCCGCAGUUUACCGAGAUUCUUCUCGACGAAGCGCAGAUGUUAAUCGAAGGAUCGGACACGUUCAGCAUCGGUCUGUCGCAUCUGCAUAAGGAGCUGGGCCAUAAGGUUGAAUCCCGAUAUCACGUUGAGCAGAAGCGGCAGACUGGGGUGCUGGAUAAGACGUGUGAGAUCUACAGUUUGUACUGCGAUGUGCUGUCCGAGGGAAAUAGCAGCGACAAUUCGAGACAACUUUGGCAAAGGUUAAUCCACGAAAAUAGAAACGAAGGUCCCAGUUUGGAUGUUCAGAGUGUUACAUGGCCAAAAGCUGCGGCCGUCGGAGUUGGUAAAUUCCUGUACAAUAUUCUGAAGAAUGAUCUUAAGAUAAACGUGAAUGCUACCUCGCGAGGGAAUCGCCACCCGAAGCUAGUGCCGGCAUUCUAUUCGCUUUUUCGAUACGAGGCAAAGCUGGCCAAAGAACAAAUCAAACCCCAUCCAGUGUUGAUCAAGCUUUACCGAAAGUCCCAACAAGAAAAUCUUAAAUUUGAUAUCAAUCUGGUUCCAAUGAUGUGUCCUCCGCAGCCUUGGAGUACGCCUGUGAAUGGAGGCUACAUAUUGGCCAGAUCGGAUCUUAUACGAUUGCCACAGCAAGCCCAUCAACAGUCCGAACGAAUUAACGAAGCUAACCCCCAGGACAUGUAUCCCACGCUAGAUGCCCUCAACCAGCUGGCCAGUAUUCCUUGGAAAGUUAACGAAGAUGUUUUGGACAUUGUUCUGGAGGUUUUCAAUAACGGAGGCAAUGCCAAGCUCGAUGUCCCAGAACCACCCAGUGCGCUGCCAUCCAUCGUGGAAACAGUUCCCCGUAAUGAGAUGACAGGCUUUGACCGGUUCAACAUGGUCCGUAAAAAGAUGACCCACCGGCGGAAACAAGGCGACAUGUACAGUCUUUGGUGCGACGCCUUAUACCGGUUGUCACUGGCCAAUCACUUCCGGGAUAAGGUGUUCUGGCUUCCCCAGAAUAUCGACUUUCGUGGCAGAGUGUAUCCCAUCCCGCCGCAUUUGAAUCAUUUGGGGCACGAUCUAGCGCGCUGUCUGAUGGUUUUUCAUCAAAAGAAACCACUGGGCCCGGGUGGGUUUAACUGGCUCAAGCUACAUUGCAUCAACUUAACCGGAUUGAAGAAGCGGGAUUCGGUUGAGGAACGUCUGAAGUAUGCCGAUGAAAUAAUGGACGAUAUUCUGGAUUCCGCCGAUCGACCCUUAACCGGAAGAAUGUGGUGGAGUUCAUCCGACGAACCCUGGCAAACUCUGGCCUGUUGCAUAGAAAUUGCAAAAGUUCACCGCUGCCCUGAUCCAACCAAGUUCAUGAGUGGUUUCCCGAUCCACCAGGAUGGUUCCUGCAACGGUCUGCAGCACUACGCCGCGCUGGGUCGAGACACGGCUGGAGCCGUCAGUGUUAAUCUCGCGCCUUCCCCGGUACCACAGGAUGUGUACAGUGCGGUAGCCGCCUUGGUAGAAGACAAUCGUAUCAAAGAUGCCGAGAACGGUGUUAAAGUUGCCAAAAUCCUCGAGGGCUUCAUCAAACGGAAGGUCAUCAAACAAACGGUUAUGACUACGGUUUACGGAGUAACCCGCUAUGGAGCCCGCAAACAGAUCGCCCGUCAACUGGAAUACAUCGACGAAUUUCCCAAGGACUGGGUCUGGCCUGCUUCCAGCUACCUUACUGUAAAAACCUUCAACGCCCUCAGCGAAAUGUUCACUUCGGCCAAGGAAAUCCAGGACUGGUUCACCGAUUGCGCCCGGCUCAUCUCGGCCGUGUGUGCCCAGAACGUCGAAUGGAUCACCCCAUUGGGCCUGCCCGUGGUGCAACCGUACAACCGUUCCGAUCGACAAGGGUCCUCCUCCAAAACGGUACAAAUCCCGGAACACUUCUCGAUGGAUUCGUACGAAAAGCCCAACAUCAUGAAGCAGAAGAAUGCAUUCCCGCCCAACUUUGUCCACUCGUUGGACUCGAGCCAUAUGAUGCUGACGUCGCUGUUUUGCGAACGAGCGGGACUAACGUUCAUUUCCGUACACGAUUGCUACUGGACGCACGCAUGUGCGGUGUCAACGAUGAAUAAGAUAUGCCGAGAGCAGUUUGUUGCUCUACACUCGGAACCGAUUCUCGAAGAUCUCUCCAAAUUUUUGGUGCAAAAGUAUAGUUACAAUGAAAGUGAAAUUACCAACGACGGUUCGGUGAUAGAUCUGACAAAGCGCAAGCUGAACCGCAUCCUGCACCAGUAUCCGGACAAAGGAGACUUCGACCUGCGGCAGGUGCUGAAAUCGGUGUACUUUUUCAGUUAGGUCGGCAGAGCUGAAGCUUCGUGGCUUUGGUGGCGUCGUCUAGUCAGUUGUGAUUCGUGAAUCAGCUAUCAUGUUUUUCCCGCGGUGGAAAAUCGGUAAGUUGAACCCAUUGUGAUUUCUAUGCGAUUGUGGAUCGUUCGGUUUUUAUUAUUAUGUCGUCGUGGCCCUAACGUUUUACAUUAGGCUUGGUAAGGUAGCAAGCAGGACUGAUACAGAAUAAAGUGAUGCGAAUAUCAUA